AUGGCGGACGAGGACACCGCAGCUCUGGUGAUAGACAACGGCUCUGGUAUGUGCAAAGCCGGCUUUGCUGGUGACGAUGCUCCUCGUGCCGUCUUCCCCUCUAUCGUGGGUCGUCCAAGACAUCAGGAGACCUUUUGCUACCCGACAAUGCUUACUUUGACUUCCCCGUCAGGAGUGAUGGUUGGUAUGGGACAAAAAGACAGCUACGUAGGUGAUGAGGCCCAGUCGAAAAGAGGCAUCCUCACUCUCAAAUACCCCAUUGAACACGGCAUCGUGACCAAUUGGGAUGACAUGGAGAAGAUCUGGCAUCACACCUUCUACAACGAACUACGUGUGGCGCCUGAGGAGCAUCCAGUCCUCCUCACUGAGGCUCCACUCAAUCCAAAAGCCAAUCGUGAGAAGAUGACACAAAUCAUGUUUGAGACUUUCAACUGUCCGGCGAUGUAUGUAGCCAUCCAGGCAGUGCUCUCGUUGUACGCCUCUGGUCGUACUACUGGAGUCGUACUGGACUCUGGUGACGGUGUGACCCAUACUGUCCCCAUCUACGAAGGUUAUGCGCUUCCUCAUGCCAUUCUACGUCUUGACUUAGCGGGCCGAGAUUUAACAGACCACCUUGUCAAGAUCAUGACUGAGCGUGGCUACAACUUUACUACUACAGCAGAGCGCGAAAUAGCUCGCGACAUAAAGGAGAAGCUCUGCUACGUAGCACUCGAUUUCGAGCAGGAAAUGAUAACGUCAACUUCUAGUGCCAUUUUGGAACGCUCUUAUGAACUGCCAGAUGGUCAACUGAUUACCAUUGGCAACGAACGCUUCCGCUGUCCUGAAGCCCUGUUCCAACCUGGUUUUCUGGGUCUAGAAGCAACUGGUAUCCACGAGACGACUUACAACUCCAUCAUGAAGUGUGAUGUGGACAUUCGAAAAGACCUAUAUUCCAACACAGUGCUCUCGGGUGGUUCCACUAUGUUCCAGGGCAUUGCAGAACGUAUGCAGCGGGAGAUUUCGUCUCUAGCACCGACAACAGUGAAGAUCAGGAUUGCUGCACCACCUGAACGCAAGUACUCCGUGUGGAUUGGUGGUUCCAUUCUUGCUUCACUUUCCACCUUCCAGCAGAUGUGGAUCUCGAAGGUGGAAUACGAGGAAAUCGGUCCCAGUAUUGUACACCGAAAAUGUUUUUAA